GUAAAUUUGGUUCGGGUCCCGCUUGCGCAUCCUUUACGAGUCCUUUCAUCUUGGUCCCGACUCCUCGUUUUCUACCCCUUUACCAAACGCCAACUCCCCGGAUCUCUCGUUUAACGACUUGGCUAAUAAAGCCGGCGGUGACGUUCUGUUUAUCGGCUCGCUAUUCCGAUCCCAAGCCCUAAACUCCAUGAAUGUAUAAUUAUCUUGGAGAAAAUUAAUAUGGGACCUGACUUGGAGAAGUCUAAAGCGUCUGCUGAAGCAUUCGCUAAUAAAGAUAUUGGAAGUUUUCCUCAAGUUUCGGAAGAUAAACUUGUGCAAUGUGUAAGUAGUUAUGAGGACAAUAAUUUUCAUGAAGAAACUUUAAAUGAUGACCAACCUAAGGUACUGACUGCAAGUGAAGAUAUGGAGAUCAAUAUAAUUGAUUGUACAAAGUCUGGUGACAAUGAACAAGUUGAAGCUAGAUGUGAGGAUGAAACUGAGAGUAUGAGUUCUUUUAGCGACACAUUAUCUGAGACCGAGAAUGGUUCAGCAUUGAGUGAUAUUGAAGUUGAGUCAAAAUUAUGUGUUGGUGAUGCACCAGCAGCUAUAUUUGACAAAUAUGGCGGAGCAUUUCAAAUGAGGAAGAAAAGGCUGACAGAUCAUUGGAGGAGAUUUAUACGUCCUCUUAUGUGGCGCUGCAAGUGGAUAGAAUUGCAAAUUAAAGAAUUUCAGUCCCAAGCACUUAAAUAUGACAGAGAACUUGCAAAGCAUGAACAGAGAAAGCAAUUCGAUUUUGAUACAUUUGUAGUAGAAGGAUUUGAUGCAAAGUCACUGCCAUUUUCAGGUUGUACUCAAAGGAAGAAAGUCAUGAAGAGAAAGAAAAGAAAAAGAGUGGAAGAGACAGCUGAUAUAACAUCAUAUGUGCUGCAACAUAACCUCUUCUCCUACUAUGAAAAUGGGAAGUCUGCUGCCAAUGGUGCUUUUAUGACUGAUGAUUGUGGUAAUCCAGAUAAGGCUAUCAAUGGUAAUGAUGAGUUUGGGUUGCAAGAUGGAUGGGCAUCUCUUGAGUCCAAAGGCAUUGAUAAUAUCCGUGAAAAUAUUCUCUGGAAAAUUGAAAUGUUACAAUUGCAGGUCCAUAAGUUGAAGGCUCGGAUUGAAAAGGUGGUGAGUGAAAAUCCUGGGAAGUUCUGUUCUGUUAAUAGGCUGAGUGCACCUCCAUCUUGUGAUGCAUUGACCAAUCAAAAUCCUGCUUCCCCUCUUGAACUUGGAGAGAGAAUGCCUGCUAGAUCGCUAUGCACCUUAUCUCAGCAUAUGUCUGACUUUAAAGAUAUUAUGCCUGAAACGGCAGUUUCGAGUCAUGGAGAGGUCACCCCUCUUCCUGAUAUGAUCGAAAGCACAAGUCAGGCUCAGACUGAAGAGGGAAUUCUAAUACAUAAUCAGGCAGCAAAGGAAGAGAUGCAAGACUUGAAAAUUGUCGGACACCAGCUCACAGAGAAGCAUCAUGCACUGAUGGAAAAGCAGGCAGUCCGGUCUUCUGAGGCUGACAUACACCUAGAGACAUUUGUGCCUCGUGUGAAUUUUGGUGGAAAAACACUUCCAAAAUCCAGGUCCAAUGUUUCCAAUAACAAGAAAAAGCGGGGGAGGAGAAAAUCUCAUAGAGGUGGCUGGAACCGUAGAUCCUUGGCUUAGCUGGAAAAAUGAGUUCAAUGUUGAGUUAUCUGAAAAGGCUGAACUUAAAAGUAACUGCAAGAUUAUAAUUGUAUAUGCUGCUUAUUCUGAUGUAUAUCUUCUCCUUUCUCUGACUGCUGCAACAAAAGCUUGUAAAUGCUGCAUAUUUAUUAGAUCUUUGUAUUUGGCAUUGCGUAUUGCA